AAAGAGGAAGGUUUGAGGGGAAGCUACGUGGCUGUGUCGCUGUCUGCGGCUCUUUUCGACCUCUUCAGAGAUUCUCUCCUGUCCGCAUGGGUCUUCCACUGGUUCUCCCUGGGUCCCUGCUUGACUACUGUCAGUAGCAGGCCUGCAUUCUCACCCCAGCUCCGCGAGGGGAGUUCCCACUCCUCACUCUCGGGAUUCAGGCGUCUCGCCCUCGGACCUGAACCCCAGCUUCUUCCUCCUACUUCCCCCACAGUUACCUCUUCCUUCAACUCUCCCAGGACUCCAACGCCAGUUUUCAUUCUGCCACUUCACCUGCCUCCUUAUCCAACCUAGAUUACACUUGACCCCACUUGGACCUCUCUCUGAACAAGUCCAUCACUACAGCUAACUGGCGACCAAUAUUCUCAGGGUUUGGACCCGAAUCUCAGCUCCUUGUUGAGGUCCUUUUAUCCAUGCAAACUCCUUAAGUAACCCAUCUUCUCAAUAAUAUAGCAGUUCCCUCUGUCCAUCAGACCCUGGUCCUUCAUUAUCGCCUGCCGAGUGUCUGUAACUUUUGGCUGAUGGGUACUUGACAUCUUAAGCUUCUGGGCCCAGAAUGAGGAGGAGCUUAGCUCCCAGUCAGUUGGCUAGAAGGAAACCAGAAGGCAGAUCAUCUGAUGAUGAAGACUGGCAGCCUGAGGCAGUGACUCCUAAGAAAAGGAAAUCCAGCAGUGAGACCCAGGUCCAGCAAUGUUUUUUGUCUCCUUUUCGGAAACCUUUGACUCAGCUAAUCAAUCAACCACGGUGUCUUGAUAGCAGUCAGCAUGAAGCAUUUAUUCGAAGUAUUUUGUCAAAGCCUUUCAAGAUCCCCAUUCCAAAUUAUCAAGGUCCUCUGGGCUCUCGGGCAUUGGGCCUGAAAAGGGCUGGAGUCCGCAGGGCUCUUCAUGACCCUCUGGAAGAAGGUGCCCUGGUUCUAUAUGAGCCUCCUCCACUAAGUGUCCAUGACCAGCUGAAGCUUGACAAGGAGAAACUUCCUGUACAUGUGGUGGUUGAUCCUAUUCUCAGUAAGGUGUUGAGGCCUCAUCAGAGAGAGGGAGUAAAGUUCCUAUGGGAGUGUGUCACCAGUCGGCGCAUUCCCGGAAGCUAUGGCUGCAUCAUGGCUGAUGAGAUGGGCCUGGGAAAAACCCUACAGUGCAUCACUUUGAUGUGGACACUUUUGCGCCAGAGUCCAGAAUGCAAGCCAGAAAUUGACAAGGCAGUGGUGGUGUCCCCUUCCAGCCUGGUGAAGAACUGGUACAAUGAGGUUGGAAAGUGGCUUGGAGGGAGGAUCCAACCUCUGGCCAUUGAUGGAGGAUCUAAGGACGAAAUAGACCGAAAGCUGGAAGGGUUCAUGAAUCAGCGUGGAGCUAGAGUGCCUUCUCCCAUUCUCAUCAUUUCUUAUGAAACUUUUCGCCUUCAUGUUGGAGUCCUUCAAAAAGGAAAUGUUGGACUGGUCAUAUGUGAUGAGGGACACAGGCUCAAGAAUUCUGAGAAUCAGACAUAUCAGGCCCUGGACAGUUUGAAUACUAGCCGGCGUGUGCUCAUCUCUGGAACCCCCAUCCAGAAUGAUCUGCUUGAAUAUUUUAGUUUGGUGCAUUUUGUUAAUUCAGGCAUCCUGGGGACUGCCCAUGAGUUCAAGAAGCAUUUUGAAUUGCCAAUUUUGAAGAGUCGAGAUGCAGCUGCCAGUGAGGCAGACAGGCAGCUAGGGGAGGAACGACUGAGGGAGCUUAUCAGCAUUGUGAAUAGAUGCCUAAUACGGAGGACAUCUGAUAUCCUUUCUAAAUAUCUGCCUGUGAAGAUUGAGCAAGUAGUUUGUUGUAGGCUGACACCCCUUCAAACUGACUUAUAUAAGAGAUUCCUGAGACAAGCCAAACCUGCAGAAGAGUUGAGUGAAGGCAAGAUGAAUGUGUCUUCCCUUUCCUCCAUCACCUCACUAAAGAAGCUUUGUAAUCAUCCAGCUUUAAUCUAUGACAAGUGUGUGGCAGAGGAGGAUGGCUUUGAGGGUUCACUGGACAUCUUUCCCCCAGGUUAUAACUCUAAAGCUGUAGAGCCACAACUGUCAGGUAAGAUGCUGGUCCUGGAUUACAUUCUAGCCGUGACUCGAAGCCGCAGCAGUGACAAAGUAGUGCUGGUAUCUAAUUACACCCAGACGCUGGAUCUCUUUGAGAAGCUUUGUCGAGCCCGAAGGUACUUAUAUGUCCGCUUGGAUGGCACAAUGUCCAUUAAGAAGCGAGCCAAGGUUGUGGAGCGCUUCAAUAAUCCAUCAAGUCCUGAUUUUGUCUUCAUGCUAAGCAGCAAAGCUGGGGGCUGUGGCCUCAAUCUCAUUGGUGCUAAUCGGCUGGUCAUGUUUGACCCUGACUGGAACCCAGCCAAUGAUGAGCAAGCUAUGGCCCGGGUCUGGCGUGAUGGUCAAAAGAAGACCUGCUAUAUUUACCGCCUGCUAUCUGCAGGAACAAUUGAGGAAAAGAUUCUUCAGCGGCAAAGCCACAAGAAGGCACUAAGCAGCUGUGUGGUGGAUGAGGAACAGGAUGUAGAGCGGCACUUUUCUCUUGGAGAGCUAAAGGAGCUAUUUACCCUGGAUGAAGCCAGUCUCAGUGACACACAUGACAGGCUACAUUGCCGCCGUUGUGUAAACCGCCGGCAGGUUUGGCCACCCCCUGAUGGUUCUGACUGCACUUCAGACUUGUCUCAGUGGAACCACAGCACUGAUAGGCGGGGGCUCCAAGAUGAGGUACUCCAGGCUGCCUGGGAUGCUGCAUCUACUGCCAUCACCUUCGUCUUCCACCAGCGUUCCCAUGAGGAGCAGAGGGGGCUCCUCUGAUAACUGAUCCUCAAUACAGCUGUAAGGAGGAAGGAUACAGGGAAAAGGGGUUCCUUGCCCUACAAGACCCUGAUGAAUGUUAUUCUCUGGGAGAAAAUCAGCAAGAAGGGCUACAUGAUGUUUGCCCAAAAUUUAUUUUAUAAGAAAAACUUUUUUGGUUUAAAAAAAAAAAAAGGAAAGGAAUAAAGAUAUGAAAGGGACCGAGGCCUGGGAGCAGCUUGGUAAACCCAGGAGGGAAGAGGCCUGGUGAUGGGCACUCCUAUGCUUCUCUAAUGCCCAAGUACCUUCUUGAGGAGGGAAGGCAGGCACUCAGGGCAGGGUAAAAGGGCUUUGCUUAGUGAAGAUGACCAUUGGAACCUCCUGGCCCAGGGUUCCCAGAGUUCUAAAUGA